AUCUGCUGGCAUUGCAGACGUCACAUGUUCGAAAUGAAAUUUCAGGUAGAUAAGAUUAUGUCAUGAAGAUCAAUACUCAGCGCAUAAAAGCAAGGCGUCUUCCUACUCUCUCCUUCAGAUCGAUUUUAUCCCAUACCACGUCCUCAUAAAAAAUGCGUCUCGCCUUUGUCCUCGCCACUGUUGUUGCUUUGACCGCAUCAAUAUCUGCCAAUGAGCACUGUCCUGUUUUUUGCACACAUACUAGCCAAUGCGCACCGUGCUAUUACUUCUACUCGGAUACCCCAUGGAAGUGUGUGAGUAUGAGUGGUUUGCGUCCUGGAUCUAUCUACACAACUUACCGACGUGGUAGAUCUUGUUUUUUUGCGUGGCGUAGCUGGAUAAUAUGCAGAUCGUACAGAGCCGGUUUUCUAUGGGCUUGCUUCGCGAACUAAAAUUGGGAAGGGACGGGACGAGAUACUUACCAUAGAUAAAUCUGGAUGUGAUGUAAACAGGUUGUCGAGCCACCGUGCAAUUUCAUCAAAUGGGCUUUGAAAGAGCGGGAUGCCCUGUGACGUAGUGCUUAUUUCACGUUGAAGCAUUGCGACAGUGGCAGACAGUGCGAAUGGCAGAAUUGGACUAUAUAAAAAAGCCGCAUUGGCCACAUCAGUAACGAUUUAUAUGA